AUACAAUUUUUUUCUAUACUUUGAUUCGAAAGUCUUCUAAUAUGUAUUUGUACGUGCAUUCCUCGAAUACAUUACACGUGUGUAACGGUAUAUAGUGCGAUGUGUACGAGUAUGCAGGCAAAUGUGGCGAAAACAUUGAAAUCGUAACAAGAAUCAGCAACUCGAGCUGAUAAUUAUCAUCGCUCGAUAUAAUUUUAAUACGGUAAUUAAUAAAAUUGUUGCAUCGUAUACUAUCUCGAUUUGCAUAUCGAGUUUCAGCCCUAAAAAUAGGUACAGUGCUUUCUGAUCUUUUGGUCGGAUUCGUUUUUGGACACCCUCGAGACGAGCUUUUCAAGUAUUUUCAGUGGUCUGGUGAUGAAAUAAUAAUCUCAAAUUACUUUAUAAUUUUUCGAGUGUUUUUUAAUUUAUAAUGCGAAUGUAAAUGUUUCCGUCGACAAUUUGAUAAGCAAAAUGUUCGCGAUGAGGAAAAGAACAAUAGCGACGCGACAACUACUUGAAAUAAUUGUAGAUAUUUUUUUCUCGUGAUAAAAUUUAUAGGUAUUUUUCAAAUUGAAAAAUAUCACAGUAGAUUGAGAAUGUAUCAAAUUCGACGGAAUUUAGUUAUUAUCAAUAAUUCCUACGAUAUGUCUAGUAAAUUAAUUAUCAUCAUCGUUGCAACGUUUUUCUUCAUAAAUGCGGUUUGCAGCAGCCCUACCUCAACACCACCGUAUAAGGUGAUCAAAUACGAAGAAGCUGAACCAUACAAGCCACUGGAAUCUCCUCCUAUCGACGAGGUAGAAACCGAAUCGCAAUACUGGCGAGAAAAGGGAUUCGAAGCAUUAAACGAGAAGCUAUGGAGGAAGACGAACACGAAUGUGGCGAAAAAUGUGAUAUUUUUCAUGGGCGAUGGGAUGUCUAUUCCGACGAUAACAGCAGCUAGGAUUUACAAAGGCCAGCUCAAUAAACGUAAUGGAGAAGAGAAUCGAUUAUUUUUUGAGAAUUUUCCUUAUACAGGGUUGUCCAAGACCUACUGCGUAGACCGACAAGUUUCCGAUUCAGCCAGCACAUCGACAGCUUACAUGAGCGGAGUAAAAGGAAACUUCAUGACGAUCGGAGUGAACGCCAAAGUAAAAGUAGCCGAUUGCGAAUCUGCUAAAAAGCCAUCGAAUCGACCAUCUUCGAUCAUAAAAUGGGCACAAGAUUCCGGUAAGGCGACCGGAAUAGUCACUAAUACUCGUAUUACUCACGCAUCUCCGGCAGGAGCCUAUGCUCAUGUACCUUAUCGAUCGAUGGAAUGUGAUAACGACGUUCGAAAUUAUCAACUGGAUCCGGAAUCUUGCAAUUUUGAUAUCGCCAAACAAUUAAUAUACGACGAACCAGGCAAAAAUAUAAAGGUUUUGAUGGGAGGAGGUCGCCAAAAAUUCCUUCCUCAGAAAGGAAACUCCAUCCACGGAUUGGGCAAUCGUCUAGACACAGAUUUGAUCCAAGAAUGGAAAAAAGAUAAAAUAGAACGAAAGGUCAACGGAGUAUACGCGAGUACACUUGAAGAAUUGAAAAAUACAAAUAUCACCGGCACAGAUUACUUCCUCGGUUUAUUCGCUUCCGGCCACAUGAGCUACAAUUUGAACCGACCAGACGAUCAACCUACCUUAUCUCAAAUGACAGAAACAGCCAUAAAACUUCUAGAGAAAAACACGAAAGGAUUUUUCUUAUUCGUAGAAGGUGGUAAAAUCGACAUGGCUCAUCAUUACAACGAAGCUAGAGCAGCUUUGGACGAAACUCUAGAAUUCGACAAAGCUAUCGAAGUAGCUGCCAAUUUGACCGACGAAGAAGACACGUUGAUCGUUGUAACAGCUGAUCACGCUCACACAAUGUCUUUCAACGGGCACCCAGCUAGAGGUUUCGAUAUUUUAGGUAUUUACGGUCGGUCUUCGCAAGGAAAACCGUACGCUACGUUGAGCUAUGCCAAUGGUCCAGGAUACAAGAAAGAGGAAACUCCUGGAAUUCCUUACGAUUUAGAAAAUGAUAACAUGAGUGAUCUAUAUUAUAAAUAUCCUGCCAUGGUACAUUUAUACUCAGGAGCUCACGGGGGAGACGAUGUAGCUGUGUUUGCACGAGGUCCUUGGGCACAUUUAUUUACCGGUAAUUUCGAACAAUCUUAUAUACCGAUCGCCGAAGCGUACGCAGCCAACAUUAAAGUACCUCGCGAAAUUUCAUCGAAAGAUGAUACUAAUUUGCGGUCGAGUUCGUCGAUAACGAACAGUAAUCUAGUCAUGAUUAUAGUACUUAUUUUAACGAUACUUCGUACAAAUAUAGUAAUAGGAUUUUAAAACA